GGGCCCUCAAUUCCAGCUUCUUGUUAUGAGGAUGAGAGAAUAUCUACCUACCUAGCAGACUUGCUUCGCAUGAAUGCUUGCUACUGAGCGGCAACCCCCGGAAAAAUUGUAAUGUCACUAAUCAGAAUCGGGGCUUUGGAUUUUCUAGUUUGACGAAUUGGAAGCUCUUUGUUGGCAGCUCACGGCCACCUACUUCGUCUUUUGUCACGGGACAAAUGUUGUCAUUGGCCUUUUGGCUUCCGACCAACCCCGUCUGCCCCGUCCAGCCCGUCAAGGGAAUAGCAUGGAUCUGUCAAUCUAUCGGAUCCUAUCCUAAGAUCCAUGCCUCUGGUAUUCACUCCGAUGCCGCAUUCUGCGCUAGUCCCUGCAUCACCGAUGCUACUAAUUCGUAUACACAUUGGCCACAUCGGCCGCAUUGGCCGAGACGCCCUCACAGCGGAGCUGCCAAGAGCACCUAGACGUCUUUCUGCUUAGGGACAAUGGGGAAUGGAGUAUGGAGUAUACCCCACAACCCCGCGAACUUCUCCAAUUCAUUUCCCGGGGGCGGGCCUUUCUCCCUUUUACUUCCACCUUGCUUUCUUAUCUUGUGUUGAGAAUUCUCGACGACAAUCAUGGAUUGCGCACCCGUCACCAUGGCUCCCACGAGUGCUGAGGCCGCCGGACCAAAACCGAAGUCAGCCGGCAAGAUGCGCAAGAGGGCUCCCAAAGCCUGUCUAUCGUGUAGGAGCCGUAAAGUGAGAUGCGACGUUUCUCAACGCGGUAGGCCGUGUAUGAAUUGUUAUCUCGACAACGAAACUUGCGUUGUGACUGGACGAGCGUCCAGGUUCAGAAGAGGUCAGCGCGGUGAAAACGAUAAUGCACACACACCAUAUCCUCCCUUUUCGGCAGAGGAAUGUGCUCAUGGUCGAACGUCAGAAGAUGUCGUGAAUUCACGGAUCAAUGGGCAGCUGCCUUCGCUAAGGACAGACGGGGAAGAUAGUACUUCGCUGCAAGACUUAUCUACUCCAAUAGGUCGCCCUGAGCAUCGGACAAGCCCAGGCGUCGAAACUGAGAAGUGGAAUGGCUCUGCAGUAUCGCAACAGGGCGUGAUGGACGGGUUGAACGAGCAACAUACUAAUAAAGUUCCAAGCCCCAUUCCCUCAAUUCACGAACCCUCAACUUUACCGUUGAAUACCUUCAAUGCCUUCAUGCCACCGGAGAUCCCUCUUUGGGUGGGGGACCAACGUGUUACAGUCAACGCUGAUGUCACGUAUUCAUACUAUCCGUUCAUUAACAUCAGCAAUCUUCAUAACAUCAUGCCUCAAGAUGUCAAUUAUCUAGAGUUACAAGGUUGCCUUCGAAUUCCGACGAGAGCCAUUCUGGAUGAGUUCGUACAGCAAUACUUCUUGCAUAUCCAUCCUGUUAUGCCUGUAGUCAACGAAGGGGACUUCUGGGAUAUGUAUUGCAACCAAUCCUUUGCGGAACCGACCGAGAAGGUGUCCCUCGUCUUUUUCCAAGCUCUUCUAUUUUCGUCAUGCAAUUUCGUUUCGAAAAACAGUAUAAAAGCAUUGGGCUUUCCUAGUAUCCGCGCGGCGAGGGCUACUUUGUAUAGACGCACAAAGCUUUUAUUUGACUUCGACACGGAAACAUCUUUGGUUAGCCUUUCGCAAACUGCCCUCCUUCUUUCAUUCUGGGCUACGAAUUGGUCUCUUGCUUCCAAGAAGCUCAACAGCACCUGGCUUGGAAUCGCAAUACAAAACGCAAAGAGUUCCGACGCUCACCUCUACGCUGUCAAACCAACCUACUCCGCGAUAACUGACCCGAUACAACAUAAGAAGCAAAAUAUACUGAAGAGAUUGUGGUGGUGCUGUCUUGUCCGUGAUCGCAUUUUAGCCUUAGGGGUGCGGCGGAGUCUUCAAAUAUCUCGAGCGCAUUUCGAUAUCGACGCCAACACCGGUCUGGAAUAUGCGGACCUAGCCGACGAGGUUGGCCGGUCUAAAGUAUACAAUUCGGAAACGAAGAGGUGUCUCAUCGAGAUAUUUGUUCAGUUCGGAGAACUCUCUUCAGUCUUGACCGAUCUCAUAACUUUGGUAUUUCCACUUGACGAUGUGCCGGGCUGGGAUAGGCAACUAGGCUCAGAAGGCACAGCCUCGUUAAACGAGUGCAAGGCUGCACUGAGACGAUGGUACAAGGGCGCAACGCUCCGAUUCCCGAUGUUUGGAGGCGGGAGCAUACCGAGGAUGACGAAUACGAACAACAAACCGUACCAGCAUGAUUCCGUGAUCCUGUACACCAACUUGAUGUACAUGCACUAUCAUUCUGCCCGUGCGGCCCUUUGCCACCACGAAGUCCUACAGUUGGCUGUAGCUUGUACUUCGCCAAACUUGAGCAGCAAUCUUCGGGAAUUUUCGAAAAUCUACGAAAACAGGCAUGAACUUCAAGACGCGGCAUGCAGUGUCACGGAAUGCCUGAAAGAGCUUAUUCAACGUCGACUUGCCCGUUUUCUGCCGAUCAGCGCUGUCGCAUGCACAGCAUUACCUCUGGUUUUGCAUAUUAUCGAUGUCAAGUUGUCAUCGUUAAAUAAAAACAAGAGUAACUCGCCAAGCUCAGACCCAAUCAUGGCGGCCAAGCAACACCGUCUGAACAUUCUCAUCGAAGCCAUGAAAACUUACCAGCCCCAAUAUGACGGUGUCGACUAUAUUAGCGAAACUAUUCGACACAUCAUCAACAUAGCCCACCUAGAUACGCCUACAAACGCGGGGUUGGGGCUUGCAAGCCUCUAUAGCGAUGGCAAACAGCCUACAAUAUCAGAUUGGACUGAUAUAUUAGCUUCCCAACCAGGCUACUAUUUACGCCUGGCCAUGACGAUGGAUUUAUGUUUUAGCAAAGGCCGGUUAGUGGAAGAAACAGACUUCCCGGCGAGUCUGCGGGGGUUAUUUGCCGCCGACUUUAGCUCGAUCCAGGCCCUUGUUAAAAACGGGAAACCAGCUACCACUACCGUUCCGGCAGCAACACAGAAUCAGAACCAGGGGCCGACCUAUAUCGUACCGAAAACGGCACCAAACAUAACAACAGGGACGGUACACUCAAUUUCUUCAGACGAAGACUCCAACUCUGCUCACUCGGUCGAUGGAAAUGUAAACAACGCCUCCGAGUCUUAUUCCCAAUUUAACAGCACUCACAUCUACACCGAUACGAACCACACAAUGGAUACCAACGACAUAGACAUGUCUGACAUUUUCGCCAAUCCCCUAAAUAUAGGUCACCUAGCGAGCGAAGUCCUCGCCGCGUACGGGCUAAACGCGGAUGCGGAUCAGAGCCUAGGGGAGGAUGAUUGGAUCGAGAGGGUCUGGAGCGACGAGGAGAUGAAGGAAGCCGCCACGGCUGUCGCGACGGAGGGACAAGGAUAUGACCACCACGAAGGCGACGGUGGAGAUAAAGAGACUGCUCGGGCGCUGCUCGACGCGAUGAAAGACGAUGCUGUUAGCUGCAGCGUGUGAUACCGAUUAUUGCGUUGUCUUAUUCUGGGUGGUAUACUGAUAAGAUAUUUCUACAUCGCAUGUUAGGAGUUCAGGAUAAAAUAGGGGGAGUGGAAUAUCCGGGUUAUUGCCCGACGAAAUGUAGGAUAUGAACAAUAUGUCUUCUAGAUCUAGGAGAGAAACAUGAGCCAGGGUCGAACGCUUUCGAUGCCUCUAGUAUAUGGAGUAAUGUACGAACUCACGCAUUAUAUUACU